AGAGGAAGCUACUAUACAAUCAAAAAAAUGAGCGAGAAUACCAACUUUAGACGCCGCAAGAUGGGUGGUCAAGAUGCAGAAGGGCUGAAGAACUUCUGGGAAAAAGUCAUCCAAGAGCAAACUAAGCAACGAGAAGGUGAAGAGUCUAGGUUAAGCAAAAGCGCCCUGAACAAACUCCGCCGCGAAUGGACUCUGCGACUGGAAGGCCGAGCAAGGCAGGUCCAGGCGCACAAGAAAACGCAGAAAGAACAGAUGACGCUGCUGUCCAUUGGGGAUCUUCCCUCGCCAGAUAAAACUGUUGCUUAAAGUUACUGUGAAAACACAGAAAGCGUUGGGCCUGACCCUGACCUUCUGCAUGCACCUACACUUCAGCAUUUACACUGCUGAACAAGCAAAAGGUCAGAACCUGGCCCUUUUCCAGGCUGUUUACUAGAGCUACUAAUAAAGACCUACUGAAAUUCAGUGCAAGAAUAAGGCCACAGGACAUAAUCUCAAAAAAAAAAUGCAAAGGGAUAGAUGAGAAGCAGACACCUUUAAUUCUCCAUGAGGUAUUAUUACUGCGAUGCAGCAGGACUUUCUUAUGUAACUCUGCAUUUCCAAGUGACAGCAACAUAUUUCUAGGAAAGAGGAUUGCUUGUUUAAUAGGAAUAAUACAUUCAGAUGACUGCAUGCAAAAUUGCACAUUUCCAUUUACAGAGCUCACAGAGUCUGGCUUAAUGCAGAUAUAAGCUGUUCUGCCUGUCUUGAUGAGCCACGGUGGAGGGACUUAAGGAUUAGUCUGAUCAGCUAGACAGAAGGAGAAAUACAUUCAUUAAUGGAAUCAGGAGAAAAAAGAACAAGCUUUUCUGAUCAACAUAUAAGAAAAUUUACAGAUCUUAAUCAUUAAAUGAACAGAGGAAAGGAUUUUGACUUUUGUUGGGUAGGUAAGAAAAAGACUGCUGAGGUUAUUACGGAACCCGUCUGAGAAAUGUCAGAGCAAGUGACUAUGAAAGAGAGUUGCAAAUAGAAGGCAGCGAAUUGGUUCA